UUCAGCGGCGUUCACUGACAGGUCCGAUAACCUACUCCGCCACUUAAAUAGCAACAAGCCCGCUUUAUCGUCACUUUAACGAUGUCGUCCUUAGAAUUUAAUUCAGAGUACUCCUCUGCUCCAUAACAGGUAUCUCCUCAUCACAAAUGCAGAAUGCGGUGCGUUCCUGGUUCCAUGCUCAACCUGCUUCGCAGUGGGCGAAUACGCUUCUGCAGCAGGCGAGGGAAGAGCAGACUCCCCCCGUGGCUCAGGAAAAUAUGGGCCUACAUGAAGCUGCUGGUGCAGUCGCUUUAUUUCAACACCCUCACAGACUCUGAUGUAGUGUUUGACUCCAUCUUUGAACCAGUGUUUUGGACUGUGGAUUAUGUCACACGCUGGUUUGGCAUGGUGUUUGUUUGUCUGGUGGUGAUACUGACCAGCUCCAUUUUGGUGAUAGCCUACAUAGUGCUUCUUCCUCUAGUCUUAAACACUUACUCCCCUGCAUGGAUUGCUUGGCACAUUUGUUAUGGACACUGGAAUCUCAUCAUGAUCGCUUUUCACUACUACAAAGCUGCUAAGACCUCCCCAGGGUACCCCCCCACAGAAAAAAAUGACAGGCCUUUUGUGUCUGUCUGUAAAAAGUGCAUCAUGCCUAAACCAGCAAGAACACACCACUGUGGUAUCUGUAACAGGUGCAUUCUGAAAAUGGACCAUCAUUGCCCUUGGUUAAAUAAUUGCGUGGGACAUUUUAACCAUCGCUACUUCUUCUCUUUCUGCCUCUUCAUGACCCUGGGCUGUGUCUACUGUAGCAUCAGCGGCAGAAACCUGUUCCUCGAUGCGUACAACACUCUUGAGCGGUUUAAGCAUUUGGAUUUGGAAAAGCCAGGUAUUCCUGUAACAGGGAUGGGACUUCUUAUAGGGCUUCUCCCAUCUGGCCAGACCAACUUCCACACGCCUGCACCUUCAUACACCUUUAAGGAAAGGAUGAUUCAUAAGAGCAUCAUCUACAUGUGGGUUCUCACCAGCACGGUGGGCGUGGCUCUCGGCGCUCUAACUGUUUGGCACGCAGUUCUCAUAUCCAGAGGGGAGACAAGCAUUGAUAGACACAUUAACAAGAAGGAAAGACAGAGACUGGCAGCAUGGGGAAAGGUUUACAGAAACCCUUUUGACUAUGGCAAGCUGAACAACUGGAAAGUAUUCUUAGGAGUGGAGAAAAGAAGCCACUGGGUAACACGCGUCCUGCUCCCCUCCGGCCACACGCCAUAUGGUGACGGCUUGACCUGGGACAUCUUCCCAGUUAGAAAGGAUUUGAUACCAGUAUGACAGACUGCUUCAGCAAACCUGUAGCCUGAAAUCAGUGCUAUAUCAACCCAUUUUUAUCCAGCUGGCUCACAUGAUGGCUCCACCUGGCACUAUUGACCUCUAUUACCUCAAUAAGACAGGGACUGCAUAUGAAUUAUGCAACAUAAAUUUGUAUUGAAAGCUGAUGCUACUUGAGUCAGAGCUACAAUAAUGCUGACUGAAUUAUUUGUUGAAAUAUAUUUAAGGUAAAAUAUUUCAUCUAUUUUUUUCCCUAUUUGUUUAGUGUUUUAAAAAUGUCAUAGAGAUGCCCUACAGUGGGUCGGUUUUGUUUUUCUAUUCCUGUAUUUUCCAUGUUAAGUUAUCAAAAGCCACUCAAAUGGUAACGCAUGCUUAAAGCAUUCAAUUCCAUCCAAACACUACCCUGAUGAUGAUCUCUGCUCUUUGCAUAUGUUAAUAAAUUUUUAUUACUUUUUUAGAAA